AUGCGACAGGCUGGUCGCUACCUUCCCGAGUAUCACGAGGCCAAGGCCGGCCGGGACUUCUUCGAAUGCUGCCGCUCGCCGGAGGUCGCCUCGACUUUGACCCUCCAGCCCAUUGACCGCUACGAAGGCCUCAUCGAUGCAGCAAUUAUUUUCUCUGAUAUUUUGGUCAUCCCGCAGGCCAUGGGCAUGACGGUGGAAAUGGUGGAUAAGAAGGGCCCGCACUUCCCUGAGCCGCUCCAGUCGCCGACUGAUGGACAGUACGAGAAGGUGAUGGCGAAGGAGGUGGACGUCAAGUCUGAAUUGGAUUACGUCUACAAGGCCAUCUCCCUGACACGCUUCAAGCUGAAGGGCCGCGUUCCUCUCAUCGGUUUCUGCGGUGCGCCAUGGACUCUGUUGUGCUAUAUGGUUGAGGGUGGCGGCAGCAAGCUCUUUGUGCAGUCUAAGACCUGGGUCUACAAGUACCCGAAGGAGUCGCAGGCUCUGCUCCAGAAGAUUGCCGAGAUCUGCGUUGAUUACCUGGCUCUCCAGGUUCAGGCUGGUGCGCAGCUGGUGCAGGUGUUCGAUUCGUGGGCCGGUGAGCUCUCGCCCACCUCCUUCCAGUCGUUCUCGCUUCCCUACCUCCGUCACAUUUCCGCCAACUUGCCCAAGCGGCUGCAGGAGAUGGGUCUCGAUCCCGUCCCCAUGACCGUCUUUGCUAAGGGUGCUUGGUACGGUCUGGAGGACUUGUGCCAGUCCGGCUAUAAUGUCGUUGGUCUGGAUUGGCUGCACGAUCCCGCCGAUGCCAUGCGUAUUGCCAACGGUCGGGUCACUAUUCAGGGUAACGCCGAUCCCGGUAUGCUCUAUGGUGGUCGUCCUGCUAUUACCGAGACCGUGGAGAAGAUGGUUGAAGGGUUCAAGAAGGGCAAGCAAGGCUGGAUUUGCAACCUUGGACACGGUACGUUAAGAUUCUGA